CUCGACGGGAGAUCAUGUCAAACACUCUAUACACUUGUUGGAACCGCUGAUGGUUAUUUAGCCUUAGAUCCAGAUUUCACAUAUACCCUGGAUGAAAAAGAUCUCUACAUGUUCUUCGGCAACUCUUCCAGCUAUGACGACAACAGCACCUACUUGUGCUGCCCCGACCCCCCCUGCACCUUCUACAACAUCCAGGCCUUUGAGGAGAUCUUUCUACCUUUGUUCUACACCCUGAUUUUUAUCCUGGGACUGUGCGGAAAUGUCAUGGUAUUGGUUGUGUUGCUGCGUGCUAAGGAGUCAUUGCCCGGGACAGACGUUUUCAUCCUGAACCUGGCGGUAGCAGACGUUCUUCUGGUGAUGACGCUCCCUUUCUGGGCAGUCCAGGCCGUCUACCACUGGAUCUUUGGGAGUGCCUUGUGCAAGAUGGUGGGUGGCAUUUUCAAGAUCAACUUCUAUGCCAGCAUCCUCUUCCUGGUUUGCAUCAGCUUUGACCGGUACCUCUCCAUCGUUUAUGUCACCCGCAUGUACAACAGGAACAAGACUACCCUGAUUCUUUUCAGUUCCUUGGCUGUUUGGGUCCUCUGCUUUCUUUUCACAGUGCCAGAUUUCAUAUUUUUGGAUUCCAGAUUUGAUUCCCGCCAAAAUGCCACUUUCUGCUCCCUCAACUUUGCCUCUCGCUCAGCCAGGCAGUGGAAGAUUGGUCUUCGCAUUUUCAACCUGGUGGUGGCUUUCUUCCUUCCCCUGGUGGCCAUGGUGUACUGCUAUAUCCGUGUCAUCAUCACCCUCCUACACUCCAAAGGCUUCCAGAAACACAAAGCCCUGAAAGUCAUUUUGGCUGUAGUGGUUGUCUUCUUUCUUUGCUGGACACCUUACCACUUGGUUCAGUUUGUCGACAACCUGAUUGACCUUGAAGUCCUUCAAGAAGAUUGCAAGCAAGAGUCAAGAGUGGAUAUUGCGGAGACCAUCACCACAAGCCUGGGUUUCUUCCACUGCUGCCUCAACCCGCUGCUCUAUGCCUUCGUCGGCAUCAAGUUUCGAAACAGAUUCCUCAGACUGCUCAAGGAAGUCGGCUGUGUGAGCGACCAGUUCCUGAAGAGACACGCCAGGAUGGCAAGCCACGGGCGGGAUUCGACUUGGUCAGAGAGCACCGAGGCCUCCUACACUGGGCUCUAGUAGGCCUCUUGGCUGCCUACAAGAUCCAGCCAUAUUCACAGAAUUCUAUCACUGAUUGUCCUCUGGCCAUACAUUGCUUUUAAGAGAGUUGAAAAUGGUCCAGCCCUUGAUGAAUGUGCAUGUUUCUUUUCUCUCCUUUUUGUCUCUGAGACAAGUUCAACAAACGAUACAAGAUCCUGCCGAGCAUGUCAACCAAAGGCCUUCAUGGGUUGAGUUGUGCACACUAUGUGUCAUGAUGCUUCUUUGCUAGCAUUUUCAGUACCCAAAAAGCUAUUGUUGGUCUCUAACGCAGAGGAUUUCCCAAAGUCCCUCAAGACCUAGGCUUUGUGGAACAACCUGGGCUCAUUAAAAACAAACAGUGAAACAAAUAAUACACCUUCAAGAUAUUUGGAAGAACCACCUUCCAACAUUUGGAGGAAACCACCACCAUUUUGAAUCCUGAAAAUUCAGUUUCCAUGUUAGAAUCCCAGGUUUUGGAAAGGUGCGUUGCUGAAUUUCACCUUACAUGCCCAGUUGAGAUGUGGAAGAUGUGUCUGGGUUCUGAUUUCCUCACUGCAGACUCUCAAAUGUAGAAAUAUAUUGAAAUUUACACCGGGACAUUUUGAAUGUAAAUAUUUUGGAAUGUAAAAUUUGUAAAUAAUAGAUUUCCACUCUCUGAGCAGCUUAGAGUAAAAAUUAUAUUGGGGUGCUAGGGGUGCCCCUUGAACUACAUACCAGGGACUUCAGAAAAGUGAGAGGGGAGCUGAUGGCUUCAUUCCUAUCUGGCUUGUGAGCUUCCAUCUGUCCACCAUCAGAAACAGAAUACUUGGCCCGCUUCAACAGGGCUCUUGUGUCCUUAAUGCUUUGGUUCUAUAAAUGCCCUGCUUGUCUGCAAGAAGAUCAAUACAAGAAAUGGAUUCUUUUGAUAAGACUUCAGUAAGAGUAGAGGGAGUUCAUUCAGCACUCAUCCAGUGUGCUCCUGAGCGCUGCUUUGUCAAUGUUACCCACAAAGGAUCAACCUUACUUGUAUGACUAGACCACAUAGUGAUAGCUGUUCAUGUAAUCUGUGGACCUAUUGUUUGCUGUUCUAAAUUAUAUAUGUAUCUUUGCAUAUGCAUGGCAUUAUAUUUGUGGGGAAAGAAGAGAUAUGGUGUUUCUAAUGAAUCCAUUCCUUGAUCCAGACCAGCUCUUGGGCAAUGCUUUAGAUUAGUUACAGCUUUGUCCAGUCCUGGAUUGAGGGUGGGUCAGAUAGAGAACAAGCAGGAGAAGAGGAGAGCAUGCUAGAUGGUUUAGCUGUACUAAAGAAUUAAAAGACUUUCUUCUUUAAAGUGUGGGUUAUUUGUUGGUACUUAUUUUCAUAUUGGAUGGCAAUGUAAUAAGGCAAGAGCGUUUUGGUCUGAAGUGACGGAGGCAAUCAUCGAACUAAUGUAUUGGGCUCAUUAUUGUUGAACUUCUCUAAAGAGGGUACCAGUACAGUAUAGGGAGUCGAUAUUUUAUUUGAUAAUUGCAGCAAGCAUAUAUUAUGCAAAAGAUUGGGGAAACGCUCAGAUUCCUAUAAGAUCAGAUUAGUAGUCAAAAUAAUAUGAUUGUGCAGUUACGGCAAAAUUUACAAGUUCUAUAAAGGUGAAAGAAGGUCAACAGAAGCUUAAUCAAUUUGUGGGAUUAUGUUUAUCCAGUAUUGGCAGAUUGGUACAUUCCUCACCAGAUGUUAGAUGUUUCAUAUGUUGUGACUGCUAAUAGUACUACUUUGUUUAUUUGGAAAUGUGGUUAAGAUGUUAGAUAAAGUUGUAUGUAGAUGUGAUUUUUUUAAAAAAAUAAAAUAUAAAUUAAAAGAGA